AUGCCCGCCCAGGAGUCCAAGCCCGUCGACCCCGCGACCCACGAGGCUGACGAGGCUCUCGAGACCAUCGCCGACGCCAAGGCCAACCAGCCCGAGGUCGAGUCGGACGAUGACGACGACGCUGCCGAAGACGAGACCCCCGCCGCCGAGGCCGGCGCCAGCGCGAGCGCGAGCAAGAAGAAGAAGAAGUCGAAGCGCAAGAAGAUCAAGGAUGCCCUCACCGGGAACAAGUCCUCGUCCGCCGACCCCGAGCAGGAUAUCAAGAAGGCCAUCGGCGGUCUGACCCCGCAGCAGGUCCAGGAGCUCAUGGCCCUGAACCCCGCGCUCGCCCAGGAGCUCGGCUCGGCCGCCGGCGCCGGGUCGACGCCCGAGCAGCAGGCCGCCGCGCUGCAAAAGCUCAACCUGCAGGACAUCAUGACGGGUCUGGCGUCGAGCGGCAAGAACGUCAAGGACAUGGCCAGCUACAAGUUCUGGGGCACCCAGCCCGUGCCCAGGUUUGGCGAGAACGAGGGGCAGGUUGAGGAGGGCCCCCUGAAGCUCCAGAAGGUCGAGGACGUGCCCAAGGAGCCGCCCACGAUGAUCGCCGGGUUUGAGUGGGUGACGAUGGACCUGGAGAACGACGACGAGAUGAAGGAGGUGUAUGAGCUGUUGAACGGCCACUACGUCGAGGACGACGAGGCCAUGUUCCGCUUCAACUACUCUACCUCCAUCCUCAAAUGGGCGUUGAUGGCGCCCGGCUGGCGCAAGGAGUGGCACGUUGGCGUCCGCGCGUCGCAGUCCCGCAAGCUCGUUGCUUUCAUCUCCGCCAUCCCCGUCAACCUGCGCGUGCGCAAGAACAACAUUCUCUGCUCCGAGGUCAACUUCAUCUGCGUGCACAAGAAGCUCCGCGGCAAGCGUCUCGCGCCCGUCCUCAUCAAGGAGAUCACGAGGCGCAGCAACGAGCGCGAGAUCUGGCAGGGCCUGUACACGGCCGGCGUCGUUCUGCCGACCCCCGUCAGCACGUGCCGCUACUACCACCGCGCGAUCAACUGGCAGAAGCUGUAUGAGGUCGGCUUCAGCCCCCUGCCGCCCAACAGCAAGCCGCAGUACCAGAUUCGCAAGUAUCAGCUCCCCGACAACACUUCUACCAAGGGCUUGCGGGAGAUCCAGGAAAAGGAUGUCGACGCCGCUCUUGACCUGUUGAAGCGCUACAUGGGACGCUACGAUCUGUGGCCCGAGUUUGAUCGCGAGGAGUUUGUCCACUGGUUCAUCCCCAAGAAGGAGGCGGCCAAGGAGCAGGUCAUCUGGACCUACGUCGUCGAGGACGAAAACAAGGAGAUCACCGACAUCUUCUCUUUUUACUGCCUCGAGUCGUCCGUCAUCGGCAACACCAAGCACCAGAACGUCCGCGCCGCCUACAUGUUCUACUACGCCAGCAAGGUCGGCCUCGCCGAGCCCUUUGACAAGGACGCCCUCAAGGUCCGCCUCAACUCGCUCGCCGCCGACGCUCUCGUCCUCGCCAAGAGGUUCAAGUUUGACGUCUUCAACGCCCUGUCCAUCAUGGACAACGGUCUCUUCCUCGAGCAGCAAAAGUUCGGACCCGGCGACGGACAGCUCCACUUCUACCUCUUCAACUACCGCGCCAACCCCAUCAAGGGCGGCGUCGACGCCAGGAACCGUCUCGAUGAGGACGGCCUCAGCGGCAUCGGCCUGGCAAUGCUGUAG